UCACAUUAUAUUAUGUUUUUAUCAAUAACUUUUUUUUCUGAUUGAAAUUAAGUACUUGUUAAGUGAUCACUAGAAUAUUAGAAUAAUCAGCUAGGGAAGUGCCAAACUCUAUUUAUUAGCGUACUUAGGAUAUGGAAUCAAAUCUCAUUAUCCUCUAUUCUCAGUUGUUCAUUCUGAUUUACCUUUUAUAACUUAUUUCACUGACAAAUCAUCAGCUUCAAAGUACUGUCCCAUGAUCAAUUUUUCUGUCCUUGUUUUAUCAAUUCUGAUGAUGUGGCUGCAUGAGCAUCUUCUCUUUGAGAUACAUAUGGUCAGUUAUUUCUUAGUCUGAAACUACAUAUCUCAAUUUCAAGGUAUGUGUCUGUUUGAAAAUUUUGUCUAUUUUUUAUAAUGAAUGUAUGAAACCUUUGGAUAUUCUCAUUCCUCAAGAUACAGCAAUGAAAAAUCAGAAAGUUACUAAGAAGUUAAAAAGAUGGAGAGGUGUUUACCUUUUUAUCUUAAUAGUGGGUGUUCUUGCUCUUCUCCUUUAUGGUGCUGCCUUCUCCAGAUUCUUCUCCUUCAAAUCAUUUCUCGGCACUGAAUCCUUUUACUCCCAUUUGAGUCCUGAUAGCACAAAUGGGAAUCAACAUAAAGGGAUAAUAACAGUGCAAAUUGUGAUUCAGAGAAUUCAAAAGGAACUUGACAAACUGAGGGAAACAGAACAGGAUCAAUCAUCAUCAUCAUCACAAUCUGCACUGGAGCAAGGUGCUUUUCUUGCUGACAUAUUAGGGCUUCUUGAGUCAGUAGUGGAAUCUCACCCACUAAGUGAAGGGAAUGAUCAGAAAAAUGGAAGCUACAACACCUUUCUUCACCCUCCGAUGAAAGAAGAGAAACAAUCUGAUGAACCUGGUAAUUACUUUCUGCGCGAAGAAAUUCGCAAGUAUGUGAGGAUCAAGCCUAACAGAUUGGGAAAACAGAACUUCAUGGGGGCAAAUGCAACUUUCACCAGCAUAGGACACGCGUGCUUUGCGAUGAAGGAAGAGCUAGAAGAGUACAUGGAGUAUGAUGUUGGAGAAUUCUGCAAUGAUGAUUGGAAGCUAGCUCAAAAGCUCAUGGUUCAUGGUUGUGAUCCUCUACCAAGGAGAAGGUGUUUUUCAAGAGGCCCCAAAUUCUACAGCCAACCAUUCCCUAUUGAAGAUUCCAUGUGGAAACUCCCUGAUGAUAGAAAUGUUAGAUGGGGUAAUUACAGGUGCAAGAGCUUUGCUUGUCUUGCAAGCAACAACAACACAAAUAAGGGAUUUUUCAAGUGUUCAGAUUGCUUCAAUCUCACUCAUCAUGAGAUGCCAAGAUGGGUUAGAUUAGAAGGUGAAUAUUCAAAUGAGAGUGCUGACUUUCUUAUUAAUGAUGUUAUUGGAAUUAAGCAAGGAGAGAUCAGAAUUGGAUUGGAUUUCAGUGUUGGAACUGGGACUUUUGCUGCUAGGAUGAGGGAUUUCAAUGUGACUAUAGUUUCAGCAACUAUCAAUUUUGGAGCACCCUUCAGUGAAAUGAUAGCACUUAGAGGACUAGUUCCUCUCUACUUGACUAUAAACCAAAGGCUUCCAUUUUUCGAUAGCACCUUGGAUUUGAUUCACACAACAAGGUUUCUUGAUGGGUGGAUUGAUUUAGUGCUCCUGGAUUUUGUGUUGUAUGAUUGGGAUAGAGUUUUAAGGCCAGGGGGGUUGUUGUGGAUUGAUAGCUUUUUCUGCUUGAAAGAGGAUUUGUAUGAUUACUUGCAGGCCUUCGAAAUGCUGAGAUAUAAGAAACACAAAUGGGUUGUUGCUCCAAAGCUUGAUAAGGAUGAUAAGGAGGUGUUCUUUUCUGCUGUUUUAGAGAAACCUCCUAGGCCAUUCCGGUGAUCUUGUAUCAUGAUCUUAGAUCAACAUUCUUUAUAUACUCUCACUUAAUUUCUGAUACAUGUUAAGUUUUCAGUAUUGUAGAGUUGUUUUCUGUGUUGUGUUAAUAAAGUUUUGGAAGUGCUACUGACUAUUGUAAUAUGUGUCAAUAAGAAGCUUCAUAGUUGAAUAUAUAGUUCAGUGCCCAUUCAUUGAGGUACUUUCAGAAAAGGAUUGAUAAUGUAUACUGUAGUUAAGUCUCCCUGAUUUCAGCCAGGGCUUUAUUUCACACAAUUGA